AUGAGGGGACUCCUGUCGUUUUACCGGGGCCUGCACACCCUGAGUAACCGUCAAGCCAGACGAAAAGCUGGGAUUGUCGGUUCUCGGUGCGGGUUUUGCGGAACUCAGUCUAAUAGCAAGCCACAGCCGAGCUUUGGGCUGCUGUUGGACAUUGAUGGCGUGCUUGUCCGGGGAAGGAUGCCAAUCCCUGCUGCAAAGAAGGCGUUUGAGAAGUUGGUCGACUCUCAGGGACAAUUUGUGGUUCCAGUGGUUUUUGUCACAAAUGCAGGGAAUUGCCUCCGACAAACAAAAGCAGACCAGCUCUCUCACAUCCUGGGAGUACCUAUUACACAAGAUCAAGUCAUCAUGUCCCAUAGUCCCCUGAGGAUGUUUAAGAAGUUUCAUGACAAAUGUGUGCUGGUGUCAGGACAGGGACCAGUCCUGGAGAUUGCUAAAAAUGUGGGCUUUACGAAUGUUGUCAGUAUUGAUAUGCUGAGGGAAUCAUUCCCAUUGCUGGACAUGGUGGAUCACAACAGGAGACCCAAACUACCGUCCAACCCUCUUGGCAAGCUUCCUAAGGUUGAAGCUGUAAUUCUGUUCGGGGAGCCAAUUCGAUGGGAGACCAACCUGCAGCUAAUAACUGACGUUUUGUUGACCAACGGUAACCUCAGCAGUGCUCACCAAACCCAAAACACACCUCACCUCCCCCUGCUGGCCUGCAACAUGGACCUCAUGUGGAUGGCUGAGGCACAUUCCCCGCGGUUUGGGCACGGGACAUUUCUUGUGUGCCUAGAGAACAUCUAUAAGAAGAUAACCGGCAAAGAUCUGAAAUAUGAUGCUCUCAUGGGAAAACCCAGUGAGCUGACCUACCAUUUUGCGGAGUACCUUAUCAGAAGCCAGGCCACGGAAAGGCAAUGGAAUCUUCCCAUCACUUCCCUUUAUGCUAUAGGGGAUAACCUUAUGACGGACAUCUACGGUGCCAAUCUAUACAACUGUUACCUGAAGGAGAGAGUUGCGAGAAAGAACCCCAAAGCUGUUGCUAAGAUGGUGGCCGCCACGGGGUCCACCACUGCGUUGCCCCAGGAGGACGAGAUCGACAACCUGUGGGAGAGCGAGCUGGCGCUGCCCUCUGCCACUUCCUGUAAGUCCGUCCUUGUCUGCACAGGUGUCUACAACCCUAAUGCAGAGGUGCCAUCUGAUGCAAAUCACUGCAUCAAAGAGACUGUGUUCCACGGGCACCGGGACUUCAGAUUCGACCCUGCGCUGGUGGAGCCGGGCCACAUUGUACAGGAUGUGGCAGAAGCUGUUGACCUCAUCUUUGAGCAGGAGAAGUUUGUGCCCUAG